CGACAGCUAACUUCUAAAGUCUGCGCAGCUUCACCUUCACCACACCUCACGCAAUUCUCAUUGCGCUCACCAAGACUCAUCGCAGCAUCAACUACAACACUCUGCCAUUAUAGCUAUAUUAAUCAUGUCAUCUUCUGCGCCUCACGCGAGACCACCGUUCUCAUCUCUUCCCCUAGACCCUACAGGGCCGCCUGGAAACGCAUGGGGUCUGUACGGCAAAGAUGAUCGCUUGGGGGCGCUGAAUCUUCUCACCCCCGCAGUCGUGGCCGCAGCGGCAACAUCUGAGAUUCGAACUGGCCAGCGAGUAUCGCUGGAUUGGUCGUUGAAUAACCCUUCUCAGCCAAGUUUCGACCGGGCGCCAUUUGAGUCUAGACUCGUCACUCGAGCUCAUCCGAGCGGCGAGAAGAGGACGGUUAAUGAUGAUAUCUUGCACUUUAACACGCAAUGUAGCAGCCAGUGGGACGGCUUCAGGCACUACGGAUACCAGAAGGCCAAACGGUACUACAACAAUACAACCCAGGAUGACCUGAAUAACCCCGAAAACAUUGGCAUAGACGCUUGGGUCGAAAAGGGCGGCAUCGUCGGCCGCGGCGUCCUCCUCGACUACGCCAGCUUCUGCGUCCGCCACUCCCUGCCCCUCGAUGCCUUCACCAGCAGCGACAUCUCCCUCGCCCACCUGCAACAGAUCGCCGCCGAGCAAAACAUCACCUUUCGGCCCGGCGACAUCCUCUUCAUCCGUUCCGGGUUCACGGCAGGCUACAACGCCAAAGACGACGCCGCGCAAAAGGCCGUCGCGGCGCGCGCCAGCCCCGACUUUCUCGGCCUCGAGCCCACGAAGGACGUGCUCCGUUGGAUAUGGGAGACGGGGUUCGCGGCCGUGGCGGGCGACGCGCCGAGUUUCGAGAGGGCGCCCAUCGCGGGCCCGCAUACGGCUGUCGGUGGCGUGUGGAAGGGCGAGGCGUGGGAGGAGGAGAUGCAGGGCGGUGGUUUGUUGCAUCAAUGGCUGCUGGGAGGUUGGGGAUUGCCCAUUGGGGAGAUGUUUGAUCUCGAGGCUCUCAGUUCGACGUGUCAGGAGUUGGGAAGAUGGACAUUUUUCGUGAGCAGCGUGCCACUCAAGGUUCCGGGCGGUGUUGCCAGCCCUCCCAACGCCGUUGCCAUCUUCUGAUCCCAGAGUCACAUAGUCUUGGGAUGGUCAUGCUACUUAGAGUUUUGGCCACGUUUUGUGAGAAUAAUAGAGUUGCUUUGGUGUUCUAGUCUUCUUCACCUCGGUGUACCUUAGCCUUAGUGUUCGGGAGUGUAAUCAAUGUGUCAAUGUUCCAUUUCUGG